AUGAAGCCUACCUCUUUCGCCGGUGUGGCAUUGUUUGCCUCUGGCGCCUUCGGCCAAUACUUCCAACGUCUGGGAGGUUGCCCUUCCCUGGGCUGCGUCUUUCCUCCCGACCAGGCCGAUUUCCUCCCCGGACAACACUUUGAUAUCCGUCUGGAGGUUCACUCUCCUGUCAAUGGAUCGGAGGCACGCGAUGGCGUCCCCGACUCCAACUUUAAGUUCACCAUUGGCAAGAAGGGCCAGGAAGGUGUUGCAGUGACCGAGUUCUUCGACAUUGAGGAUGCUGAGCUGGAGAGCUGGCAGUUCAGUUGGUACGAAGAUCUAUUUGCUCAGGAUGCCGAGAGGCCCUCUGUGGUCAACGUCACCUCCAAGGCCUACAGAAACCUCGCUCUAUACGAGCCCGGCGAGUAUGAGGCUAUCCUGACUUACUACGGCGAGGAACAGACCGUCGCCAACUGGCUUGUCCGUGAUGUCCCCAAGAAGCGCCGCGCUAAGAACGUUGUCCUCUUCAUAGGCGACGGAAUGACCACCAAUAUGAUCACUGCUGCUCGUCUGAUUGCGCACAAGAGCAUCAACGGAAAGUAUCAGACCAAGCUGCAACUAGACAAGUUCCCCGUCCUUGGUCAUCAAAUGACCCACUCGAUGGACUCCUUCAUCACUGACUCUGCUAACUCCGCUGCUGCGCUGAACGGAGGUCACAAGACCACUGUCAACGCCCUCGGUGUCUAUGCGGACUCGUCCGAGGAUCCCUUUGAUGACCCCAAGUUCGAGCUCCUUGCUGAGAUUUUCCGCCGCCAGCACAACGCUGGUAUCGGAAUUGUCUCCACUGCUUUCCUUGCCGAUGCCACUCCUGCAGCUCUGACAUCCCACACCCGUCUCCGUGGUGAAUAUGACCACGUUAUCAGCAGCUACCUGGAGGGUAUUACCAACUACACGUGGACUGCAUUCGACGGCCCUGACGUUCUCUUCGGUGCUGGUGCGGAGAACUUCCUCGCCAGCGAGGACGCCCCACGCGACUACUACAAGCUGUUCACCGACAAGGGUUACAGCUUGAGCUUGAACAAGACUUCCCUCGAAGCUGCAUCCAACGCGGACAGGGCUCUCGGCCUCUUCUCUCUCUCCAACCUUCCCACUUGGCUCGACCGUAACGUCUACCAGGACAACCUCAAAGAGAGAUCCAACCACCCUGAUGGUUCCGGCCGCGAUGCCGAUGAUCUUCCCGGUCUCAAGGAGAUGACCGUCAAGGCUCUCGACAUCCUGGACACCCGUCACAGUGAAGAGGGUUGGUUCUUGAUGGCCGAGGCUGCCAGUAUUGAUAAGCAGAUGCACACUCUCGACUAUGACCGUUCCCUCGGUGAGCUCCUUGAGCUUGACGACACUGUCCGCGCUACCAUUGAGAGACUCGAGAAGCUUGGUGUUCUCGAAGACACUCUAGUCCUCGUCACUGCUGACCACGGCCACGGUUUUGAUGUCACUGGCGCCGUUGACACCGUCUACCUUGAGGAGCACGAAGACGACCGUGACAAACGCCGUGCUAUCGGUGUUUACCAGAACUCUGGUCUCUCUCAGUACACUGUCGCUGGCUCCAACGCUCUCCGAUACUCCGAGGGUGUUCACUUCCCUGCCCGUUGGGACCCCCGCUACGCUAUUCACGCCGGUACCGUCGCUUUCCCUGACCACCGUGAGAACUACAAGGUGCACAAGGACGGCCCUCGCACUCCCGCGGAGGAGGGCGGCGAUAGCACUGUCUACGCCAGCUACAAGGACGCUGUCAGUGGCUUCCUGAUCAACGGGACCCUCGCUCCCAAUGCUGACCAGGGUGUUCACUCCUUGACCGAUGUCCCUGUUUACGCUCGCGGUCCUUGCCAGGAGCUCUUCGGUGGUACCAUCAACUCUGUCGACAUCUUCUUCGGCAUCGCUGAGUGUCUGGGCUUAGCCGAGACCAAGGGCGGAAGCAACCACAGCGACGAGGGCCACUGCAAUUCCAAGCAGUAG